AUGGGGCUCAUCGCAGAAACCCGAAAAGCCAUCCAGGAUUCCCCCCGCGGGGUCUUCAACUGGUAUCUGCUACUCAACACCGCCAUCUUCGCCCUGUCAGGCAUCAGCAGAGGGUUUGACGAGGGAAACAUCGCAUGUCUGGUCGUGCAAUCCCAGUUCCGUAUCAAGUUCGGACUCGAUCAACAAUCCCCCGAACAAUAUGCCAAUACCAAAGGAUGGAUCGUAUCCAUCUUCACGGCCGGAAUGGCCUUGGGCUGUCUUGCGUGCUUGCCUUUCAAUGAUCGAAUUGGACGGCGGUGGACAAUGCGGCUCUCCACCCUGGUGUAUGUGGGUGGAAUCUUAGGGCAGGGCCUGUGCAAUGGAAACCUGGCCGGACUCUAUGUAUCCAGACUUAUCUCGGGCCUUGGGGUGGGCGGCAUGACCGUCACGCCCCCGAUGUACAUCUCCGAGAUUGCACCCAAGACGAUCCGAGGACUUCUGGCACUGCAGUACACCGCCUGUCAACAACUAGGAGUCGUGUUUGGCUUCUUCAUCAACUAUAGCAUCACCAAAACGUACGACGGCACCGACAUGCAGUGGAUGUUCCCGACUCUGAUUCAGCUGCUCCCUGCCGCAAUCUGGGGUUUGGGUAUGCUGACCUGCGAAGAAUCGCCGCGCUGGCUGCUGUACGUCGGACGACGAACGCAGGCCGUGUUGGUGCUGGCCCGGCUGCGACACCUGCCCAGGAAUCACCCCACGGUGGUCACAGAGAUUGCAGUCAUGGAGUAUCAGAUCCUGCAAGAGCGGGAGGCCGUCACGGAUGCAUCGCAAUGGCGUCUGCUCAAGGAGACGUUCGUCCCCGUGGAGAACCGUCGUCGGUUCUUCCUGGUGUUCAUGGCACAUCUGUUCUCGCAAUGGUCGGGUGGCAACGCGAUCACCCAGUACCUGCCGACCAUUCUCGGCUACCUGGGGACAUCAGGAGAUACCGCGUCGCUGACCACCGGCAUCUAUGCAGCGGUCAAGUUUGCCUGCGUGCUGGUCUUUUCCCUAGUCAUCGUCGACUUCGUGGGCCGCCGGCGGUCCCUGAUGGCGGGCAUCACCCUGCAGAUCACCACGCUGGCCUACCUGGCGUGUUACCUGGGCAUUACGCGUGGGAUGACGACAACGGCCCUGCUCCACGCGCCGAGCGCGUCGCGGGCGUCCACGGGCGCGAUCGCCGCCAUCUUCCUGCAUGGGGUCGGGUGGGUCAUCGGCUGGUUCUCGAUGCCCUUUUUGAUCGGGGCGGAGAUUUUCCCCAUUCGCAUCCGAUCGCUGGCGGUGUCGAUGGGCAUGGCGUGUCACUGGCUGUUUGCCUUUGGCUGCUCACGAGCAACCCCCGAUUUGCUCGAAGUGACGCACGAGUGGGGGGCUUUUGCAUUUUUCGCAUGCAUCUGUCUGGUCUCGUUGGUGUAUGUGUUUUUCGCGAUGCCGGACACGACGGGACGGUCGCUGGAGGCGCUGGACGGACUGUUUCAACGGCCAUGGUACACGGUUUAUCAAGUGGCGUACGCGAAGGAGGAGGACGAAGAGUUGGAGGUGCAGGCGAUCCACGAGCGGGGCAAGUCGGAGAUGGUCGGGGAGGUGGAAUAG